UCCUUAUCAUUUUUUCCGGUGACAUCGACAACAUGUGCCAUGGACGAGCCUUGACACGGACGUCGGCCGAUUACAUGCUGUUUUGUAUGAUGUAACCAUGAGUCGCAGCGCCUGCAUGCAUCGAGGCCUGUCUAGUACGCUUUAAGCUGCCCUGGGGGUUUGGAGCAGGCCACGGUAAUUGGAAACACAAUCGAGACAGAGCGGCAUUGGAACCAGCAUCUCGAAUGUUUACCAACCACGCAGUCUUCAAUCUCUCAAGCUCAAGCAGCAGCGGACAACAAAGGCCUGCCUUGCAAUAUACUCUUUAGCACACGAGCUGUCGGGUACACUGGUGACAUGGAGAUGAAUUAUGACUGGAUCCUGGACGGCGGCUACCUCCCGCACGCCGUGAUCCGCGUGGGGAUCCGGCGGCAGCUCGCGGACCGGCUAGCGUCGCUCCGCACGGGGUCGGCGGCGGCCGACUGCGAGCGCAAGAUGGGCUUCAUCGCGCGCCUCCGGUCGCGCGCCAUCGCCGUCGAGGCGGCCGCGGCCAACGCGCAGCACUACGAGGUCGGCACGGGCGUCCUAGCCGCCUGCCUAGGCCCGCGCAUGAAGUACUCGAGUUGCCUGUACCCCAAGGGCGGCGAGACUCUCGCGCAGGCCGAGGUCGCCAUGCUCCGGACCUACGUCGAGAAGGCGGGGCUGGUUGAUGGUAUGCAGAUUCUGGAUCUUGGGUGCGGCUGGGGCUCCGGAGCGCUCUACUUCGCCGAGGUGCUCCCUGGGGCCCGGAUCACGGCAUUUUCCAACUCGCGGACGCAAAAGGAGUACAUCGACGCCAAGGCCGCAGAAAAGGGGCUCACAAACCUGACUGUCAUCACGGGCGAUGUCGCCGACUACGAGUUUGAGCACGGCAAAUUCGACCGCGUCGUUUCCGUCGAGAUGUUCGAGCACAUGAAGAACUACGAGCUCCUCAUGGCCAAGAUCUCGCGCGCCCUCAAGCCCGGCGGCAAGUUGUUUGUGCACAUCUUUGCCCACAGGGACAGCCCCUACGACUACGAGGAGGGUUGGAUGACGACGCACUUCUUCACGGGCGGCACCAUGCCGAGCGCCGACCUACUGCUGUACUUCCAGCAGCACCUCAAGAUCGAGAGGCAGUGGUGGGUGAACGGUAGCCACUACUCCAGGACUUGCGAGGACUGGCUGGCAAAGAUGGUGGCCAACAAAAAGGAGAUUUGGCCGCAUCUGUGUGAGACAUACGGGGAAAAGGACGCGGCAACCUGGUACAACCGGUGGCAGGUCUUCUACAUGGCCUGCUCAGAGCUGUUCGCAUAUGAAGGCGGGGACACAUGGGGCGUGGCCCAUUACCUGUUCGAGAAGCCCAGUGGUGAUUUGUAGCAUGUCAGAGAGUAGGCCUGGGUUUCUUCAGGGGCCAGACGCCCGCCUCCGUGAUAUAUACAGUGCCUCUG